AAAACAUGAUGGAUUCCGAAAUGAGGAAUCUCCUUUGUGGCUUUAUGCUGACAUGAGAAACGCCGUCAGCCCCAUUUCCUUUGUGUACAUAAGCUGUACCUCUGUAGUAUAGGCUAUCAUUGAGCUUUGUUGAAGGGCUAGUUAGUAUUCUAGUCUUGUUACAGACAUGAAGCAGCAAGGAACAGUUUGUGUAACAGGCGCUGGAGGAUUCAUUGGCUCUUGGCUUGUAAAGAUGUUGUUGACCAAGGGCUAUACUGUUAGAGGAGCAGUCCGUAAUCCUGAUGAUGGAAAGUAUGAGCAUCUGAGAGCCCUGGAAGGAGGCAAAGAAAGGCUUCACCUUGUCCAAACCGAUAUUCUUGAUUAUGACAGUCUAGUGAGUGUUAUUAGAGGAUGUGAUGGUGUGUUCCAUAUGGCAUGUCUUCUCACAGAUGACCCAGAACAAGUGAUAGAGCCAACAGUGAAAGGAACGGCCAAUGUAUUGGGUGCCUGUGCAGAAUGUGGAGUGAAGCGCAUAGUAUUAACUUCUUCAAUCGGUGCAGUUUACAUGGACCCAAAAAGAGAUCCCCACCUUGUCCUGGAUGAAGAAUGCUACAGUGACCUGGAUUAUUGCAUUAAAACCAAAAACUGGUACUGCUAUGCCAAAACUGUUGCAGAGAAAGCUGCAUGGAAGGUAGCCCAAGAGAGGAAUUUGGAUAUGGUGGUGGUCAACCCAAGUUUGGUUUUAGGGCCUUUAUUACAGCGCUCUAUCAAUGCUAGCACUGCUCAUAUCAUGAAAUACUUGACUGGUUCUGCAAAAACAUAUGCAAAUUUGACUCAAGCAUAUGUGGACGUGAGAGAUGUUGCAGAAGCUCACAUAUUGGUGUAUGAGACACCUUCUGCUUCUGGGCGUUAUCUGUGUGCAGAAAGCAAUAUGCACAGAGCUCAACUAGUCCAAAUGUUGUCCGAAUUGUUUCCACAAUACCCAUCUCCUACAAAGUGUUCAGACGAGAAAAAUCCAAUGAAAGAGCCUUUUAAAUUCUCUACUCAGAAGCUCAAAGACCUGGGUCUUUCAUUUACGCCUAUAAACGAGUGCCUGAUUGACACAGUAGUGAGCUUACAGGACAAGGGAUUUCUUCCCUAAAAACACUAGGGACAGAAAAUGUUCUCUUUUUCGCUAUACAGAAUUUAAUUGCUGCAAGAUUGUUUCUUUGAUCAUACAUGACCGUUUGAAAAGUGUUUCUGGAAUGUCUUCUUGUCUUUUGAAUAUCGAAUAAAUUAUUUCUUUCAAAGGAGAAAAUUCC